AUGGCCAAUCUGUCUCCACAAACAACUAAAAUAUCACAUAUCAUCAAGUUCUUCAAAUAUAUUGGUGGUGUUGUUAGUGUGCGACUUAUUGUAAACCGCCAGGCUAAGCUGCAGGCACAGUUUUCUCAGAUGAGACCUGCCUUUAUCCCGGGUAUGGGUCCUCGUAUACCAAUGUUCCCAGGUGGUGCUCCAGGUCCUGGACAGCAGUUUUUUUACGGUCAAGGACCUCCACAAAUGAUGCCUCACCAGGCUGGAUUUGGAUAUCAGCCCCAGAUGGUUCCUGGAAUGAGGCCAGGCUAUUUUGGCCCGAUGAUGCAGCCAGGUCAGCAAGGGCCACGAUCAGGUGGAAGACGGUCAGGUGAUGGAUCUAUGCGCCAUCAGCCUCAACAUCCAAUGCCCUUUAUGCAGCCACAGAUGAUGCAAGGAGGAGGGUAGGCCGUACGCCGCUUACAUCGUCACUCACAAAACAGAGCUCUGGAUCGGUCUCAACCAAAAGUUAUUUCUUGAUCGGAAAAGGUGUAAACGGUUCUCAGGCUAUUCGGAUCCGGCUUCGAAGGAGACGUAUAAAAUUAAUAUGUUUACAAUAUCUUAAUAACACUCAACUGAUUAUGCAGCAGAUCUUCUCUACUGUCUCUAUAGCUUUAUGCAGCCACAUGGUUUGAUUAUAAAUUCUUUGGUUUCUACAUAUUUAUUUCCCUUUUAAUGUUGUUUUAUAAGAGGUGAGGGUGAUACCUUUUUAAAAACAUUGAGGAUCAUUGGUGUUGUAUGAUUAUGUAAAAGAGUUUACACAUUGAUCAUAAAUACCUUGUCAAAACUGAAUGCUGGAAGUUUACACAUUGAGUUUAAACUUUUUGUCCCUGAAAAA